ACUGGAACACUGCUUCAAGUUCAACCAUCUUGUCUGUUAUCUGUUUACUUUCUGUUUCUCUUAUCUUUCUAGUUAUAUUUUUAUUUCAAUAUUAGUAACAGCUCAUAAUCAGUAUAUAGAUACUGUCACACUUAUUAUUACAAUAUGAAUUGAUAAUUUUCAAUUGUGAUCUUCCAGUUUAACAAACUAUUCGUGAUAUCAACAACAUGGCAAUGUCAACUUUUGCAAUUAGACGCUUUGGAACAUCAGCUAUGCUAUGCAAACCAAAUAAGAAUAUCAAAAGUGGUGAUUUUGACGUUAUAAUAUCUGGAGGAGGAAUGAUUGGUUCAUCUACUGCCUGUGCACUAGCUAAGUCUCCCUUACUGCAAGAUUUGAAAGUUCUACUUAUCGAAAAGGCUCCGAAAUCCGUUUUUACCAGAUCCGAAAAAUUUAGUAACCGGGUCUCUGCCUUGAGCCCAGGAUCAAAAAGGUUCUUGGAAUCUCUCGGUAUUUGGGAUCACAUUGCUGGUAUCAGAUACAAAUGUGUCCGGAACAUGAAGGUCUGGGGUAGCGGAUCUGAAUCUGCCAUCGAUUUCUGCUCUAGCGGCACAGAUGUUGCCUAUAUAGUUGAAAACAAUGUAAUUCUUGCAGCAAUUGAAAACGAACUAUCCAAAUUAACAGACAAAGUUACUGUUUUAAAUGGACGAAACGCAAUUAAAUAUGAACUGCCACAAUUCGAAACCCAUUCUGAUGCUUCAUCAGUAAACGUUCAAAUGGAAGAUGGAAACAGAUAUUCUUGUAAACUUCUGCUCGGUACUGAUGGUUUCAACUCAAAAGUUAGAGAAGCAAUGGGUGUCCAGUAUAUUUCAUGGAAGUAUAAUCAAUCUGCCGUUGUUGCCACAUUGAAACUGAAGAAGGAUGAAUCAGAAUCGAACAGUACCGCUUGGCAAAGGUUCCUGCCCACCGGACCAAUAGCACUUCUGCCUCUCACCGACGACACGAGCUCCUUGGUUUGGACCACCACACCCGACCUGGCGCAAAGUCUGCUGAGAGCCUCCGACGAUGAAUUCGUGGCCGCAAUCAACAAGGCAUUUACCGACGCCCCUCUCAAGAACAACCUGAUCGAACUGACGCGGCCGGGCGUCGAGUUUGUGCUGAGAAGUGUUGGCCUGGACACCUCGAAACGUGAACCACCCUGUCCACCCAGAGUCGUAUCUGUCGACGAGAAGAGUCGUGCCUCGUUCCCGUUGGGAUUCGGCCAUUCCACAUCCUAUACCAAGCCUGGUGCUAUUUUAUUGGGUGAUGCAGCCCACAGAGUGCACCCUUUGGCUGGCCAGGGUGUCAACCUAGGAUUUGGAGAUGUGGAAUGUUUGGCUCAAACCCUCUCAGAAGCCGUCCAACUAGGAAAGCCAAUCUCGGCCAAUUCAUCGCUGUCACAAUUCGAGAGCAAUCGACAAAAGCACAAUGUCCCCACCAUGCUAGCUAUCGAUAUGAUCAACAAAAUCUACUCCACUAAUAAUACUGCUGCGAUGGCAGUUGGGAAUCUGGCCAUUCAUCUCACAAACGCUCUCACUCCGUUCAAGAACUUGAUGAUCAAGCAGGCAUCGGCUUGAAUUGGAUUAGUUGGAAAACAAGUCGUCUUUCGACCUAGUGAUCCUACUCCAAGAAGUUGGAAGAUGAUCGUUCAGAAACAAAUGUAUUUAAUAUAGUUAUACUGUGAUGAUUCUAACUAUUUUAUAAUGUAUGUAGAGGAUAGAGUGGAAAAAUAAAAGUGGAAAACUUCUGAUAGAGACUGAAGAUGUCUCUAUUGAGCUGGAUUCUCACACUAUUAGUCCCGGUUUCUAGACUUUAAACAGCUGGAGUCAGAAAAUUGGCUUUCCGAAACGGGGCGUAGAUGUAGUCAUUGUCAUAGUCACAUUUGAAUUUAAUUUCAAAAAACUAAAAAAUUGAACACAAUAUAAAAUAAAUAGAAAAUAUUGUAAAGUUUCAAGUAAGUUAUUUUGAAUUAUUUAGGAAUGUUUAAUUCCGUCAAGGAAAAACGUUUCCAAUUAUGAAAAUGAGAAAAUAAAAACUGCGACUACGCCCCGUUUUGGAAAGCCAAUUUUCUGUCUCCAGCUAUUUAAAGUCAAGGACUUAGCUAAAUCUCGAGCUCGGAACCGGCCCUUAUGGAAAUCCACACAAUUGGAUUCAUGGCCGUUUCACAAUUAAAGCUUGAACUGAAUUCAAUCAGCUAGUGUCUUAAACCCAAAAUGAACCACAUUAUAACUAGUAGCUCUGUGAACUGUAGACCUCACGCAGUAUUCUCAUCCACAAGUACCUGAUUGAAACUAUAGACCUUAUGGAAAUACAGCAAUAGACUGGCUUCUCCACACAUCUGUGUAAUCACUUGUCAGCUGAUUUAUGAUGAAUAAUAAUUCUAUAGUCUGAUUUUUACUCUAAUAUUGGCGUAUGAAGGAGGCUCCUUUUUCCUUUAUGUUAUCCUUAAAAUGCAAAAUUUUCAAAAACCUUGUAUAUACGUCGACGCGCAAUUAAAAAAGGAACAUACCUGUCAAAUUUCAUGAAAAUCUAUUACCGCGUUUCGCCAUAAAUGCGCAACAUAUAAACAUUUAAACAUUAAGAGAAAUGCCGACAUUUAAACGUCGACUUGAAUCUUAGACCUCACUUCGCUCGGUCAAUGAACAAGACUUGAUAUGGAUUUAAUAGAAUUUAAAAUAAAAUUUAGUUUAAACUGAAAUUGUGUAACGGUACUUAGAGUUACCAAAUUUGCAUAUAUGUUCACAUGACUGUAGAUGUGACAAAUGUCUCUUUGACAUUGAUGUAACUGCAAGAGUGAACAGUGAAACUGUGGUUCCCACAAAUUCAAAUUGGACGGUUCACACUCAGAACUGCCGAGUAUGAAAAGUCCUACUAGAACUCAUAGAACUAUAUGUUACACGGUUCACUGUAACAGUUACAUCAAAGUCAAAGUGGCAAAGUUACAUAUGUAACUCUUGUAAAUUUUAAGAUGGAUUACCACACAACAGUGUAAGUGAACAGUGAAAAUUUAUAACGAACUCUUAUUGGACUAUUCACACUCAGCUCUGUCGAGUGAGUAUGAAUAAUCCCAUUGGAAGUUAUGGGAAUCAUAUUUUCACUGUCACUGUUGUUUGGGAUUCCAACUCAAGAGUUGCAAAAGUUAGAGAUGUGAUGAAUGUGUUUCCUUCGCAUAAGGGCCCGGCCAUACAGACAGCUUUCUCCAAUCCUAUAGGUUUCUAUAUCUAAAAUAUGCGAUCUUCAAUUGAAUUGAAUAAUUGCCUAGUUGAAUAGUUGUUUGAUGUAGAUAUAGAAACCCGUGGGAACGCAGUUAGCUCUCUGUGUGACCGGGUCUAAAGAGUUGUAUUUGAGGACCUCCUAAAUACCGGACCUGCGCCUGUGUGAAAAUCUAGGUAAAAUGGCGCCGAUAUGUGGUGGAAUCUAAACUCAGCUGACACUGAUAAGCUGUCAUCAGUUUUUAUUAUUUAGUUGUAGUUAAGUGAAGUUUGUUUACAAAUAUCAUGGGCUUUAUAAUAUUUGCGAGCUUUAUAAUUAUUGAUCAAUUAUCUUUCUAUAAUUGAUUAUUUAAGAUGUACCGUAAUAGAGAUUCAAAUUAGAUUUUUUUAGUAUUCAAAGUGUUUUGUAGGUGUUCAAUGAAUUCAAAUUGUGAAUAGUAAAGCUUUAAGAAUUCAAAAUGUAUAGUGAGUGUUGAGUAUUCGAAGUGCAUUCAGUGUUCAAAGUGUUUUAAUCAACAAUAAUUCUAUAAUAUUAAACCGUAUAUUAUUCGCUGUUUAUUAUCCGCUACUCAACAUUUAGCUUUAUACAACAACAUGCUACAAUGAGUAUGAACAGUUUUAAUUUAACAUGCCUAGAAAUUGUUGUGUCCCUGGGUGUAAAGUUAAAAUUUUUGGGACAGAACAUUUCAAAUUCGGUAAGAGAUAAAUCCAUGAGACUCAGAGGGUAGAUUCUUCAUG